AUUUGAAGGGGUGUCCACAUACUUUUGUGUAUUUAGAGCAUGCUCUGUGUGUAGGACCUUGUGUUUUCAAGACAACUGGCUGCAUAACAUCUAGGCAGAUGUAUAAAUGAUUUAUAUGUGUGUAUAUAUACACGUCAUUGAUUUGAAUCCCCUUCUGAUGACCAAAUAGCACCUUUUGUCUAAGAACCCUUGUACAUUAGACCCAAGUGUUAUGCAAUAAUUCUUAUCACUGAGGUGUUAACGGUGGCAAACUUCAAUAGAGGCAGCAGCACUUAACUGGAUUGUGUUAGUUCGUGGUGCACUGGACUGCAAUACCAAACCUGCUUACACAAGAUCCUUCUUACAUUGGCAACCUGGUCAUUGUUUUGUAGAAUAUUCGUAUCAACACCAGUCCUACCCAGGAGAGAAUAACUGCCACCUCUCAAUGAAGCAACUGCAGUUGAAGGCCGAAUGCGGUACUGCAGGCAGUGAAGGAUACACCAGGAUAUGUUGGCAGUGAAGGAUAUGCUUCUAAUACACCAGAUGUUGAAAAUCAUCCAAGAGGUCGUCUCCCCAGCGGUGAUGUUUGUGGCGUAGGCUCAGGGUGUGUCUCACCUCCCAUGGUGUUACCACCAUGGACCCAGAGUCAGCCCGCACAUCACAGCCCCAGGGCUCCCUUGGUAAAAGUGGGGUCUCCCUGCUAUCUGGCAGGGGUUUGGGGGCAGCUCUCACCCCUCGAGGGAAACACUAUGCGUGUGGUUCCAUAGCUGCCUUCACCAACAUCAUGGUGACAUUCCCCAUCCAGAAAGUUCUGUUCAGGCAGCAGCUGCACGGUGUGCGGGCCAGAGAGGCCGUCGGGCAGCUCCAACGGGACGGGAUGAGGAAUCUCUACAGGGGACUGCUCCCUCCUCUUCUGCAGAAGACCACCACGGUAGCCAUCAUGUUCGGCCUGUACGAGGACUUCUCCCAUGUCUUACUGGACCAGUUGUCCACAGGCAGCGGCAUUCCUGAGCUAGUGACGCGUAGCUUCGCAGCUGCACUGGCGGGCACGGCAGAGGCUGCCCUGAUGCCGUUUGAGCGGGUGCAGACUCUCCUCCAGGACCACCGGCACCACGGCCGCUUCCACAACACGGGCCACACCUUCCGGACUCUCCUAAGAGAGUACGGUGUGAAGGAGUGCUACCGCGGCCUGGUGCCAGUCUUAAUAAGAAACGGUCCCAGUAACAUGCUGUUCUUCGGGCUCCGCGGGCCCAUCAAGGAGCAGCUCCCUGAAGCCUCCAGCCGGACCGGCCACCUGGUCAAUGACUUUGUGUGUGGAGGGGUGCUGGGGGCGGCGCUGGGGAUCAUGUUCUACCCGCUGAACGUGGUGAAGUCCCGUGCCCAGUCCCAAGUUGGGGGCGCGUUCCGGCCCUGUGGGGAGGUGUUAAUGACGGUUUGGCGGGAGAGAGGCGGCAGCGUGGCCAUGCUGUUCAGAGGGGCCCACCUCAACUACCACCGCUCUCUUCUCUCCUGGGGCAUCAUCAACGCCACAUACGAGCUGCUGCUCAAAGUGUUCUGAUACUGAACGGGGGAUAGAAAGAGGGGGAGGUGUAGAAAGGGGGAGCGAGAGAAAAAAUGCAAGACUUGCGUAAGUGUUUGAGGGUGAGGAUGAAUGCAAUUUUUGUUUUAUUGGAUCGCCAUUAGCUGUUGCACAAGCAGCAGCUAUUCUUCCUGGGGUCCGUAUAGAACAUCAAUAGACAAGAAAAGCUCAAGGAUAGAACUACAUUAAAAAAAGGCACUUAUAUAUAGCAUUUAUAUCAAUGCAUACACACAAACUAUCUCUGUCAAAUAGGGGAGAGGCGAGGUGUUGCUCUAUCUGGUUUUUUAAUUGAUGCUGUCUCUUGUGUUUGGCACUUGAAACUGAUGUGCCCACUGCCCACCCAAAAAGGUCCAGAUAGUUUAUGUGGGGGGGUAAGUGUCUAUGGCAAGCAGAAGAGGACAGAGGGUAUCUGAAAGGUGAAGUUUCUCUACUGACAAUGGCCAUCCGGUCAGUGUGAGAUGAAUUGCCACUUGUUUAAAGUCACAGUAUCAAAGUGAGAGGUCUGGGUCCAACGAAAGCCUUCAAUCUUUUUUUAAUUUUUAUAAAUGUAUCAAUUGAAAUGGAUUUGACAAAUUAUUGACAUGUAAGUACCUUUCCCAUUGUAGUCUGAUGUGCUACCCAACAAAGUUUCAGAGGCAGUUUGACAGGGGGUAAGCCUUUUCAGUGACCAAGAGCACCUCUUAAAGAACUGUUCAUUGUAUUGACCAGUGUUUCUGUGUGCAUUGGUUAUUAGUCCCUUCAACCCCUGCUUUCCCUGCUCUGAUUCUCUGACUGUGAGCUCUGCUAUUUACCAUGUCGGUCAUCUUGGAUUAUGCUCAGAUUCGACCCUCUGUGGUGUACGACCCUGGCGGCUUGCGGCGUACGAUCCUUGCGGCGUUUGACCCCUAGCGGCUUGCGGCGUACGAUCCUAGCGGCGUGCGACCCUAGCGGCUUGCGGCGUACGAUCCUAGCGGCUUGCGGCGUACGAUCCUAACUGUUUGUCCUGUAGGUAUAGCGCUCGCCAGCUUGUAGUCCUAAAACACGGAAAUUAGUUACCUCUGGUUCGUUGAGCCAUUCCUAUAGGGAAAAUGAAUGGGGAAUGAAUAUGGUUUGGGGAUAAACGCCGAAAAUAAGGUCAGCAUUUUACACAGGCUUAGAAGAUCUUAUACGUUGUGUUCUAUGCAAUAAUAUCAGUCAGUUAACAGGACCUUUAUGAAUUAUGAAGACUGCUUUUUUAAAUUAAAUAAAUGCGUCAAAAUUAACAAGUGACAUUAGCUGAUGAAGAUUAUCCUAUAGAACAAAAUUACAAAUCUCCUAAGCCUGUGUAUAUCACAGACCUUUAUCCAAAAACCCUACAAAAACUAAAUUUUGCCAUUGCCAUGGUUCGUUGGACAAAGCCUGAGUUAGUGCCUACCAAUAUCCGUUGUUACUUUUGCUCUCUAUAGUGCUCUUUUACUUGAAAGAUGAUUGGAAAAAGCAGUAGCUUAGAAGCACAGGGGAACUGGACUAGGGAAGUGCUUCAUUGUUAUGUCAUCCAAUCUAAGCAAAUCUUGAAAAUGUUUGUCAAAUGUGUGUUUAAUUAGCAUAUUCCCGAAGUGCUACUUGUAAUGUUUGUCUGUCAAAGUGUUGACAAGUACCCAUUAGUUUAAGUAUAAUUAAAAUGUACUUGUUACCCAUAACUUCUAGUCCUUCAUGAAAUAGACUGAAAAAAUAAUAAUAAAAAAUUCACACGAACAAUACAGGAACA